GGAAUUUCUGGUCUUGUUCUGGCCAGCGGGACUCAGCUCUGUGUGGUGAUGGAAGGCAGCUAUCUGUCAACAAUCUAGACAUAGCUGAAACUAAAGUCUGUCGCCCUUUUAUCGUGUGCUUCUAUCAGGUCGUUUUGGUGCAGCCUAGCAAGGCUGCAGUGUUAUGGAUGUACCAUGAAGGCCCAAUUGCAAGUCACAGUGCUUUCAGCCAAGCUGAAGGAAAACAAAAAGAACUGGUUUGGUCCCAGUCCGUAUGUUGAAGUAGCCGUGGAUGGCCAAUCAAAGAGGACUGAGAAGUGCACCAAUACGCACAGUCCCAAAUGGAAGCAGGCGCUCACAAUAAUUGUGACUCCAGUAAGCAAGCUGAUCUUUCGUGUUUGGAGCCACCAGACACUGAAAGCUGACAUUCUGUUGGGAAUGGCCACACUGGAUAUCAGUGAGACCCUUAGGGCUAACGACUUGAAGCUAUAUGAGGUGGUGCAGACACUGCAGCUGUGCUCUGACAGAGAGCACCAGGAUGUUGUAGGUGACCUGUCGGUCUGUCUGGAUGGCAUGCAGGUAGACCCAGAAACCUUCGCCUCAGCAGAGAAAGAACAUUCUACUGUUCCAAAUGGAAAUACAAGACAAAAUGGAGACACUGGCAACAGGUCAAGCAGAGACACAUCUCCAUCCAGUGACUCAGAAGAUUGGGUUAUAGUACCUAAUGGUCACGCUGUCAAUGGUACGGGUUCUCCUUCCCAAUCUCCAGGAGGCCCCAACGCUUCCCGUCCCCCCAGACCAGCCCGACCUCCUCCUGCCACGCCUCGCAGACCAGCAGCCUCACCAACCUCUUCUAGCAGUUCCUCCCCCAGUGAGCUGAGUGAAGGUCCAGCUUCCGAUGGCUCUUCUCAGGCGUCGGCUAGUGGGUGUUCAAAUCAGCAGGAUGACUCAGGUGCAGGAGCAGCGACAGCAGGUUCUUCACAGACUGCAAGUGGCCCGAAACCAGAGACUUCUGCCUCAGCAGCUCUGCCCACAACAAAUCCCAGAGUCACACCCAUGAACAACAGUCUCUUACCACCAGGGUGGGAGCAAAGGGUGGACCAGAACGGACGGGUGUACUAUGUGGAUCACAUUGAGAAAAGGACAACCUGGGACAGGCCUGAACCUCUUCCUACAGGGUGGGAGCGCAGGGUGGAUCCGAUGGGUAGGGUGUACUAUGUCGAUCACAUAACCCGAACUACUACAUGGCAACGCCCCACGCAGGAGUCAGUGCGGAACUAUGAGGAAUGGCAGCACCAGCGCAGCCAGCUGCAGGGAGCCAUGCAGCAGUUUAACCAGAGGUUCAUUUAUGGGCUCCAAGACCAGCUGGCAGCCACGGCCAAUAAAGAGUUUGACCCGCUGGGACCUUUGCCACAUGGUUGGGAGAAGAGAACAGACACCAACGGCAGAGUGUAUUUUGUUCAUCACCCUACUCGGACAACACAGUGGGAAGACCCCAGGACGCAAGGGCUGCUGAAUGACAAGCCCCUGCCAGAGGGUUGGGAGAUGAGGUUCACUGUGGAUGGUAUUCCCUACUUUGUAGACCACAACAGGCGAACCACAACCUACAUUGACCCUCGCACAGGGAAAUCCUCACUCGAGAAUGGGCCACAGAUAACCUAUGUCAGGGACUUCAAAGCCAAAGUGCAAUACUUCAGAUUCUGGUGUCAGCAAUUGUCGAUGCCUCAGCACAUUAAGAUCACCGUCUCCCGCAAAACUUUGUUUGAGGAUUCAUUCCAACAGAUCAUGAGCUUCCAACCACAAGAUCUGAGGCGAAGACUGUGGCUCAUUUUUCCUGGAGAGGAAGGCUUGGACUAUGGAGGUGUAGCCAGGGAAUGGUUCUUCUUGCUCUCUCAUGAGGUACUGAACCCCAUGUACUGUUUGUUUGAGUAUGCUGGCAAGGACAACUACUGUCUGCAGAUCAACCCUGCCUCCUACAUCAACCCUGAUCACCUUAAGUACUUCAAGUUCAUAGGACGCUUCAUUGCCAUGGCCUUGUUCCAUGGCAAAUUCAUCGACACGGGUUUCUCCCUCCCCUUCUACAAGCGUAUUCUGAACAAACCUCUGGCUCUCAAAGACCUGGAGUCCAUAGAUCCAGAGUUUUACAACUCACUCAUCUGGAUCAAGGAUAAUAACAUAGAAGAGUGCGGCCUGGAGAUGUUCUUCUCAGUUGACAAGGAGAUUCUGGGGGAGGUCACCACCCAUGAGCUGAAACCAGAUGGAGGGAACAUCCAAGUAACUGAGGAAAAUAAGGAGGAAUACAUCAGGUUGGUGGCAGAGUGGAGGCUGUCCAGAGGUGUGGAGGAGCAGACUCAAGCAUUCUUUGAGGGCUUCAAUGAAGUUUUGCCUCAGCAAUACCUUCAAUACUUUGAUGCUAAGGAAUUAGAGGUGAUGCUGUGUGGGAUGCAGGAGAUAGACUUGGUGGACUGGCAGAGGAACACAAUCUACAGGCAUUACGCCCGAAGUAGCAAACAGAUCCUCUGGUUCUGGCAGUUUGUGAAGGAGAUGGACAACGAGAAGAGGAUGAGGCUGCUGCAAUUUGUAACAGGAACCUGUCGUCUUCCUGUGGGUGGCUUCACUGACCUGAUGGGAAGCAAUGGCCCCCAAAAGUUCUGCAUUGAGAAAGUGGGCAAAGAGAACUGGCUUCCACGAAGCCACACAUGCUUUAAUCGUCUGGACCUCCCUCCUUACAAGAGCUAUGAGCAGCUGAAGGAGAAGCUCAUGUUCGCCAUAGAGGAGACAGAAGGUUUUGGGCAGGAGUAAUGCAACAAGAGCAGAAGCUACAGCAUGGGAUGGAGGAGUGUGGGCUUGGAGGAGCCUAUCCAUUUCAGACAAGAGCACUUUUCAACAGAUUCUCCUUGCAGCCAGGCGCUGCUUAUAAACUGGUAGAUGGACGUAAAAAUCUUUAUUUUCUGUCAAGUUAUCAUAUGCAGUAACAAACUGUUUGUAAGCUGUUUGUCAUAAUUUAUCCCACAAGGGACCUGUGAAUUUUCCUUACCCUGUUUCACUUUUCACCUAUCAGUUCCACCCUAAUCAAGCUGAUCUCACUUAGCCCUGCUCAGCCCGCUGUCAGGCGAUGGAGGCAGAAUUGAUGCCUUUCUCACCCUGACAUGUCUGCACUCGCUGUACGUUGCGCAAUUGCAGUUUCUACACGUACGUCUGUGAAUCUGUGCAGUAGUCACUUCUUAAGAAGCCGUCUUGCCGGGUCUAUGCACUAGGAUUAAUCAUUUCGGAGGAAAUAACCAUAUUUGUGCAUUUUGACGUAAAAUAAAAAGAUUCAUAUCUAAAAGCAACAUCAAAGGCACAUAUAUGGCUUUGGGUCUUUCAGACUCAACUUUUAGUUUUCUUUUGUUGAAAGGGCGGAUGAAUGGCUGGAUGAUUUUUUUUUUUUUAACAGCUGAUUAACUGGGCUGACUCCCAUAGCACAUAAUGCAGUUUCUUUAAUAACUUUGAUAAAUAUAAUCAUGCUAAUUGAAAUGAUAAUUUCUCUUAUUAGGUUGAUUUUCUUAUCUUUAUAAUGAGUUGAACUAGUUUGCACAUACUUAUGUGAGCAGUAAGGCAGUUGUGAUUGUUGAGAGAGAGAGAGAGAGAGAGAGGUUGUAUUUUUAUGUGCAAUAGUUUUGUAGAAAACAUGUAUGCCAAUACUAGAGCCAAACAGUGAUUUGUUUGAUCAUUUUAUAACACUUUGGUAAGUUUCAGCAUUUACUAUUGAUUUAAAUUCUCAAUAUGAAGUAUAGAACUUUUGCAUAUUUGCAACUGUAUGUGGUGAAAUUGGUUUGAUAGUGAUUUGAUUUGUCAAACUUUGCCUUCCCAGGUCACUUUCUUUACCAGUCAGGGAGACUGAAAAGUCUUUUCUUGAUAAUUUCAAGCUGUUACUAAUGAAGUUGGAGCAUUAGGAUGUAUUGUGAAAUAGAGAAAAAAUAUGUGUCGAAUAACGUCCUAUUCCCACUGAAUGGUAGCCAAUUCUUUGGUAGAUGUCCAGAAUUAAGUAUUAUCUUAGAUCAAUAAUGAAGAAACUGAAUGCUAACUGUUUGUGUUAAGUGACUAAUGCAGAUUAUGUAAUUAUACUUACAAACUAGAAAGUGUUUUUUAAUAUCUUAAUACAUUUAGUUCACCCAAGAGGUGGACCCCUUUGAGUUGUUGGCAUAAGAUAAUUAUGGUUUGAGUUAAUUUAAUAGAAAAUGGCCCUAGUUUUAUAGGGUGUUAGGUAUUCAGAUUUGUACAGUAAUUGUGUAUUUUAUGUCUUUUCCAAAAUGUUUUAGUUUCUUUUUAGUAGUAGGUAGAGUAUCACUUAGAAAAUGACUAUGGAACCAAUUUACCAAAGUUUAAAUUUAAUUAUUUUUGUAAACAAUUUGACUUAAAAGUCACCAAGUGUAAUCAGUUGUUAACAUCCCCUAAAUGAUUACAUAUUCACAUCGAUUGUCACUAUUAAGCAGUUAGUUGUCCUUUGUGGUUAACGCUAUGAGGUACAAAAAUGUAAACAAAAAGGUAUCUCAGCUACUCCAAUUUCAAAUACAGAAUUUGAACAAAAUUUCAAUCCGUAAAGUGUUUUGUUAACAACUAGUAACUGUCCAAGCAUCAAGCUGUGUGUGUGUGUGUGUGUGUGUGUGUGUGUGUGUGUGUGUGUGUAUGUGUGUAAAAUUAUGUGGUAUAAUUUCACUGUGUAUCCCAGAUCACUAACAAUUCCUAAUUACAAAUUUACUUUCAGCAAGUUCCCUUUAAUUUCACGGUAAAAUGUAAAAGGACAUCCACUAAUGAAUUUGACCAUGUAUGAACCAUGUGGCUGUAUGUCAUUUCAUAAUGUCAAGCUCUCCCUUACAGCCCGACUGGCAUAUUGACCCUCAAGUCAAUUCCAGUUGCUGCUCACUUUAUACUUAAUUGUGUCAGAAGUUUCCCGUUAGCUCACCCCCCCCCCCCCCCCCCCCCCCCUUACUGGCAGUAAUUCAACACACACACAUAAACCUACAAAACCUGGUGUGUAGCUGCUUGUGUGCAAACUUGUAAAGACAUUAUUGUAAAAAAAAAACAAAGAAAAACUUGAUUAAAAAAGGUUUCAUGAUUAAAAUGUUGACUGAAUAUUUUAACAAAUUAAAUAGAUUAAAAUUUAUAACAUAGCACCUUGACACUCCAAACUGGUUGAAUUAACCACUUCACUGUUUAAUCACUGCUGUGUUCCAGAUCAUGGGGCAGUUAAAUGUAUAGAAAUAUGCAAAAUAGUGUUUUUAGUUGUACCGAUUGCAUUGUAAAUCAUGUUGAAAGUGUAAUCACUGUUUGUUUUGAGGCUCUAACUUUUUUGAUAAGUGGAAGUUAAUGGUUGAAUACUAUUUAUUUUGAGGAUGGGUUUCAUGUAACAGUGAACUGGAUUGAUUGUGGAAAAAACAUUAAUAAAAUGAUUAAAACACUGGG